ACAUUUUUCAACAUUCCCUUGUUUGUUUUAAAGAAAGCUCUGGUUUUGUUUCAUUUUCAUCUGGAGACUUAAAUGACACCAAGCAAAGCCUACUUAGUUUAGAUUUCCAGGAAUCAAAUAGUGAAAAAGCAAGCAUGAAGUUUUCAAGCUUGUAUUGUUUUCUUCUGCUUCUCAUUUUUCAAACUGACUUUGGACAAAAUGAAGAAACUUCUAGGAAGGAAAGAAGGAAGAUGUAUUAUAGAAGACAGAGAAAAAGUUCCUCGCCCAUCCACAGAUCCAGUAGACAGCUUGGAAUUAAGCAAAUGAGGAUAGUUACACCAGCAGCAACACUUCCCAUGGUUAACUUGGAUUAUAGUACGGAGGAAAAGUUUGAAUCCUUUUUAAGAUUUCCUGGAGUAGAAUCAAGCUAUAAUGUGUUACCAGGAAAGAAAGGACACUGUUUGGCAAAUGGGAUGACCAUGUAUAACAAAGCUGUAUGGUCUCCUGAGCCCUGCACUACCUGCCUCUGCUCAAAUGGAAGAGUCCUUUGUGAUGAGACCAAGUGCCACCCUCAGAUGUGCCCCCAAACAGUUACACCUGAAGGAGAAUGCUGCCCCGUCUGCUCUGAUACUGUAGCCUCCUAUUUGCUACUCAGUAGUAUAGCAUUAAAUGACAGAACUGAAUUUUCUGGUGAUUCUUCAGAACAAAGAGAACAUACCAGUUUACUUCAUAAGCAACAGCCGUCUCCUUGGGUGGAAAUGCAUCCAGCACUGAGAAAAGAGGAACUUCAAUUUGAGGAGGAUGAAGAAGAAAUUAAACAAGAUGAAGAUAGGGAGCAAAAGGAAAAGAUCCCUAGACCUGGAGAUUGGGGGAGACCUCCCAAUGAGGGACAGAGCAGAGAAGGGGGAGAGCAGAGACCUGGAGAGGAGGGGAGGCAGGCCCAUCAACACAGAAACCCAGCAAGGGAGAAUGAGGAUGAGGAUGAGGAUGAGGACGAGGACGAGGAUGACGAUGACACCGUCAGAGGAGAUAUGUUCAGGAUGCCCUCUCAACUCCCAAUCCCAGCUACCCCCAGAGGCAUACCACCUCUGCCAAGCAGGUGCUCUCUGUCAUACAAAACCAUCUCCUGUAUCAGCGCUGACCUCACACAAAUACCACCGCUAACAGCACCAGAGAUAACAAGUCUGGAGCUCAUAGGCAAUUCUAUCACCUCCAUUCCGGAUGAAGCAUUUAAUGGAUUACCGAAUUUGGAAAGGCUUGAUCUGAGCAAAAAUAAUGUCACCUCUUCAGGCAUAGGUCCAAAAGCAUUCAAGCUUCUAAAGAAUUUAAUGCGCCUGAAUAUGGAUGGAAACAAUUUGGUAGCGAUUCCUUCAGAACUACCAUCUACAUUAGAAGAACUUAAAAUCAAUGAGAACAAUCUUCAGUUUAUUGAUGAAGAAAGUUUAUCAGACUUAAAUCAAUUGGUCACCUUAGAAUUGGAAGGAAACAGUCUCAGUGAAACCAAUGUCAAUUCUUUAGCUUUCAAACCUUUGAAGAGCCUAUCCUACCUGCGUCUGGGAAGAAAUAAAUUUAGAAUUAUACCACAGGGUCUUCCUGCUUCUAUUGAGGAAUUAUACCUAGAAAAUAACCAAAUUGAAGAAAUAACUGAAAUUUCUUUUAAUCAUACCAGAAAGAUCAAUGUCAUUGUACUACGUUAUAAUAAAAUUGAAGAAAAUAGAAUUGCUCCUUUAGCCUGGAUAAAUCAAGAAAAUCUAGAAUCAAUUGACCUCUCCUACAACAAGCUCUACCACGUCCCCUCCUAUCUACCCAAGUCGCUGCUGCACCUUGUGCUCAUCGGCAACCAGAUUGAGCGCAUCCCUGGCUUUGUGUUUGGCCACAUGGAACCAGGCCUGGAAUACCUGUACCUGUCAUUUAAUAAACUUGUGGAUGAUGGCAUAGACCGAGUUUCCUUCUAUGGGGCUUAUCAUUCUCUGCGAGAGCUGUUUCUGGAUCAUAAUGAAUUAAAAUCUAUACCACCUGGGGUACAAGAAAUGAAAGCACUACAUUUUCUGAGAUUGAACAACAACAAGAUACGGGAUAUUCUUCCAGAACAAAUUUGCAAUUCUGAAGAAGAUGGUGAUUCAACCCUGGAACAUCUUCAUCUUGAAAACAACUAUAUUAAAACAAGAGAAAUAUCAUCCUACGCAUUUUCAUGCAUAAGAUCAUAUUCAAGUGUCGUUCUUAAACCACAAAAUAUCAAGUAAUUCCACAUUUUUCUUUGUUAUUUGUAAAUUAUACUCACAUAUCUGUUUCAGUAGCAUCUUUCAUCAAUGAGAGAGAUAUAAUGUCAUGUUAUACUUAGUAUCAUUAUGCUAGCCAACCUGAUUCGCCAACGCACAUAAGAACAACCAGACAUAUCUACAAGGUUUAGUCUUCUAGCAGUUUUAGUGAAGGUUUCAGUUUUACACUCUAGAAAGAAGCCAUCUCAUUGCAAAGUUUUCUCAUGAGAAUAGGAUGUUGUGUGCUACUGAACUAGACUGGGAGAAUCUAGAACAAAAUAAGCAUGUCCUUUACAACAGAUCUUAGUAUUGCUAUUAGCUAAGAACUCCCUGAGUCCUUUUAAAAAUUAUGUAUAUUAUGGUUCAAGACCAAGAAGUUGAUAACAGGAAAAAAUAAUAGGUAGAAUUUAUGAACUAGUGUUCUGUUUAUUAUUCUACUGUUAAAGCAAUAAUUUAUUAAUUUUCUAUAAGACCCUAUGAUACAAUUACUGGUAUAAAUAAACUUAAUUAUUGUCUUAGCUUUAGUUCCUUCUAUUAAUUACACGUGUGGAACUAAAACACCACUAUAAAGUUAAUUUCCUGGUUUUGAGAAUUGUACUAUGGCUAAGUAUGUGGUUAUUAACAUUAGGGGAAGCUGGGAAAAGGGUAUAUGUGAAUUCUAUAUGAUUUUUGUAAUUUUUCUGUAAGUCUAAAAUUUCUCUGUAAGUCUAAAAAGUUUAACAGUAUUUUAAGAUCACCCUCAUUAUUCUUUGCUCAAGAUCAAAAGAUUUUAUGGGAAGCAGUGGAGUUUGCUUAAAAUAUAUGUUAAUUUUCCUUGACUAAACCUUGUAAAUGUAAACCUAAUGCAUAAAUUAAAAAA